AUGCAAUAUCAUCUUUCCAUAAUUUCAGCUGCAGCAUAUAUCCAAAAAUUAGGUUUAGUUGCACUGGCUGGAGAAAACAUUAAAAUUUUUAAUCUAAAAAAGGAUAAAGAAUAAUAGGAAAUUAAAACAGAAAAAUACAUCAAGAUUUUUCAAUUGAUAUUCAACCAGCAAGAUUCCAACUUAUACUAAUUCAAUCUAAAUAAAACCAUCGUCAAAUAUAGAUUGAAAGGAAGAAUGUUUGUAUUAGAUAAGCAACUUCAAUUAGAUUAUGAAUUUUUUCCUACACUUGCUACAGUAACUCAUGAUAAUAAAACCAUCAUCAUUGGAGGUAUGCAUUCAAAUAUACUUGUAUUUUAUAAUAUGGUUAAUGAAUGUUGUUUUAAGCUAGAGCUAUCAGAUUCUGAAAUUUAGAAUUAUUGCUUAUUAAAAAAUCCAGAAAAUAGGUUUAUUUUAUCUUAUAAUUGCUUAAUUAACGUUGAGAAUAAAAAAGUCAUCAGAAAAGUCAAUACUUAUUCUUCAGAAAUAAAAAGCUGGUCUUAAUCAGGUCAUUUUUAUUCUAAAGAAUAGGAAUAUAAAAUAUUGAUUACUUCUGCCUUUAAGAAUAAAAUUUUGAGGACCUUUUCUGUUGAUAGAAAUAACAUUUAUAUUAACUAAAUAUUUUCAGAAACAGGAAAAUAUUACUGUUUACAAAAACAAUGUGAAGUAAUACAACUCUAUGAUAUAUCAACAGGAAUUGACUCACAAAAUUAAUUAAAAGUAUAUGGUCUAUUGUAAUAAUUUAUAAUUUAAUGA